GGCCCCGACGAGCUGGUCCGCGCCGUGAAGGCGAUGCAGGUUUUCAACGGCCUGGAUCCGGGAGCUCAUCGGCAUGAACUCAGCAUGGCCGUGGCCGUCCUGGUGAAGAUCUCGGCGUAUUCGAGGCCGAUCGAGCUCCUGUCACUGCGAGUCACAGACGCGCUGGUGCCGACCCUGGGCAGCCCGCGCUGCGCCAUCCACCUUCGCCGCGCGGAACGGGGCCAGCCCUGCAGAGUUGGUCUGUGCGAC